AAAUUCAAAAUCCCACAAACUGGUAUCCAUCUCUGUUUGCUUUCGCAAUGCUGUGCGGAGAAUCGCAGGAACCUGAUCUUGAUCUCGAUCUGGAGCUGGAAGAAUCGCCUGAUCCAGAACAGCCAUGCUCGCAGGGCCACAGAGCCUCGCUCUCUCUUUACACCCAGGAAGGAGGCUCAAUCUGCUUGCUCUGCCUCUCCAACCUCAUCUCCGACCCACGGUCACCCACCGUUCACGUCUCUUACGCCCUCUCUCAGCUCUCCCACGCCCUCUCCCAGCCCCAAUUUCUCCGUUCUCUCCUCUCCUUUCAUCCUCACUUCCUCGUCUCCUCUCUCGUACGCGCUCUCUCAUCCUUCGAGGAUGAUCCUAUCGCCUACCAAUUAGUCCAUAUAAUCUCUGCACUUUGCACUUCUGCUGGUGGCUCCGUUACAGCCGACUUUGUUGCUCGAGUUGCCGAUACGCUCUCGUCCGGUGUUUUGGCUUGGAGCAGGCGGCAGCUCCAUAUGCUUCAUUGCUUUGGGGUUCUCUUGAACUGUCAAACCACCGAUCCCUCUGCCUACAUCAAAGACAAGGGUGCCCUAGUAUCCAAUCUGGUAGCAGGUCUUCAAUUACCUAGAGUCAGUGAUGAAGCAGAUGUCCUGCACUCCUUUUGCCCUGAUUUGUUGCGUCUGUCACUGGAAGCGCUCAUGAAGACUCAAAGGGACGACGUACGGUUGAACUGUGUAGCACUUUUGACUAUUUUGGCCCAAAAAGGAUUUUUGGGAAACGCACAUGGAAAUGGCAUCAGCAGUAUGAACUCUGAUGAAGCAGAUAGCUUCAUGCAAACCACAGCAGAUGGAUUGGAUGAAACCCCUCCAGAAUCCUUGUUUGCUGAGGCCAUCAAAGGGCCACUGCUUUCAUCGGACAGCCAAGUCCAGAUCAGCACGCUGGAUCUAAUAUUUCAGUAUUUAUCGGGGGAAAAUGCUUUGGGAAAACAGAUCCAAGUUUUGGUGGAAGAAAAUAUAGUGGAUUAUAUACUUGAAAUACUAAGACUGUCAGAAUGUAAAGAUACACUGGUCAUCUCUUGCCUUAAGGUUCUCAAUCUCUUCUCCUCUGCUGGGAAAUCCUUCAUAAAAAGGCUUGUUGUUGGCUUUACUACUUUGCUUCAAGUGCUGCGCUAUGUAGCUGAAGUUCCUUUCCAUCCUGUUCAAAGUCAUACACUGAAGCUCAUAUGGAACUCUAUCUCUGAUUGCCCUGGAAUAGUAUCAGCCUCUCACACUGAGGAAUUAGUAGUUUUUGUGACAAAAAUGCUUAAAAGGCAUAUCGAUGGCAAAAUGGGCAUGCUUUCCGAGACAUUCAUAAUGGCCUGCUCAAUAUUUGUAGCUCUUUUGAAAUCUCCAUCUUCACAAUGGACUUCAAAUAUACCAACGUUAAUUCAAGAGGCAUCAAGACAUGCCAUUUUGGCCUCUCUAAGUAUCUUUGAGAAAGAUCCGGGUCAACUUUUGUACUCCUUAUACCUGCUUAAAGAAGCAUAUGAGUUCAGUUAUUUAGAUUUCUCAACCAGUGAGGACAGUCACAUGGAACUGAGAACUUGUAUCGUGGAUGUAUGUACAUCACACUUAUUACCUUGGUUUGCAAGGUCAAUAAAUGAAAUAAAUGAAGAAAUUGUCCUGGGUGUUCUGGAAACUCUUCAUUCUAUACUGCUUGGUAGUUCUGAUAUCCCCACAACAAAACUUGCUAAAGUCCUAAUUUCUUCCUCUUGGUUCAGUUUGUCAUUUGGAUGUCUAGGACUAUUUCCCACAGAAAAGCUGAAAUGGAGGGUAUAUCUAAUGCUUAGUUCACUUGUGGAUGUGCUUAUGGGAAACGAAUCUGGACAACCCAUUAGAGACGCAGCUUCAUUUCUUCCAUCUGAUCCCACCGACUUGCUUUUUCUGCUUGGGCAGAAGAGUUCAGAUAGUUUAGAUCUGUCUUCUUGCCAAUCAGCCGUUUUGCUGAUUUUACAUUUAAGUUGUUUAUACGAUGACAGGCUUGCAGAUGAGAAGUCACUUCUAGCUUCCGUGGAGCAGUAUAUUAUUGUCAACAGUGGGGAACUCCUAUCUGGGGGGAUUGAUUCAAAAAAAAUUAUGGAAUUAGUGAAUAUAUAUGGCCUGUCUAGGGGUCUUGCAAAGAUAAACUACCAAAUCCCGUAUAGUCCUGAAGCUGAGAGGAUUCUGUUCCAUGUACUGACUGAGAAUGAAUGGGAUUUGUCUUCUGCCAUGAUUCACUCGGUAUCACUGAAAUGGUUGUUUCAACAAGACAAAAUCAGCGAGCCAUUGUCUUCCCAGCUUCUAGAAAUCUGCAGAAAAAAUUGCACUAGUGACAAUCAAAUCACUAUCUAUGGGGGACAUAGUUCCUAUAUAAAUGCAGAAGUGAUUGCAGAGUUGGUGGCAUCAGGAGAUAACUAUGGAGCAAAACUUUUGGUAUGUUUAAUGGUAAAACUUAUAGAAGGAUGCGAAGAGCAUGACAUCGUAGCAGUAGUAAAUCUGAUGUCAGCAGCCAUUGAGAUCUUUCCAGCUGUCUCAGACCAACUAUGUUUGCAUGGCAUAAGCAAUGCCAUCCAGACUGUUCUUCACAAUUCAAUCCAUUCUUCUUCACGAGAGUUAUAUGUUGAUAUCUUGCUUCUGAUAUUUAAUAUUCUAAGUUCAGUUCAAUCCAAAGCAAUCACUGAUAAUGAAUCCUGGGUUGCAGUGCCUAUGAAGUUGAUGGACAGCUUAAUCCCUGCAGAAAGUAAACUCGGACAGAAUCAUGAAGGUCUACUUGUAUUGGGGAUUCUCUCCUUAAUAUUAUACUACUCCACCAACGAAGCACUCACAGAGGCGUCAAAAAGCGUUGUUUUUAAUACUCCCUUGAUCACUACAAUCAAUAGAACAGUACAGGAAGCUUGUUCAAAGGGACCUGGUUUGAUUGAAUAUGAUGAGGGAACAAGCCUUGGAGAAAAUCUGAUACUUUUGCUUAUGUUAUGCUACUUUUCUUUAAGAUGUUUAAAUGCUGUUCUACCGGAGGCUGUGAACUGGCAAACUUUGUGUGGUCCAUCAGACGCGAUGGAACCAUUUUCUAUAAUCAACAUCCAAUGCCAUGACUUGUGCAGACUGAUGCAUUUUGGCUCUCCCUCGGUCAAGCUUGUUGCAUCAUAUUGCCUGUUGGAGACUCUUACCCGAAUAUCAGAUCAGAGAACUGGAAAACAUGAGGAAUUAAAAUGCACCAUGAGUUACCUGUUGUCCAUUAUGGCUGUUCUAGAAGGCCUGAUUUUUUACAGGGACAUCAGAGUAGCUAUGAAUUGUGGCCUGUGUCUAUCAGUCAUCUUAGGAUGGGAAGAGAUACAGGAGGCCAAAGUUAGUUUCAAGAAUAAUUGGUUCAGGGUAAUUGUGGAAGAGAUGGCCAUGUGUCUGGCAGUUCCGUGUUUAGCAUCAAAAUCUUUCUUUAAUCAUCUCAAGCCAGCUGUUCAUGUAACUGUUGCAUUGCUAAAGCUUCAGAAAAUUCCUGGGUGGAUGAGAGCGGUGUUUGAUGAUCCCUGCAUAUCUGGCAUAAUUGAAAACCUUCAAGUGACAAAUAUUAAACCUCAUUCUCCAGGUAACACUGAAAACUAUAGCAAGAAGGAAGAAAAUGGAACAGAUAAAUAAGAACAAUAAUUAUAUUGUCAAAUACUUGCUUUUGUUUUUUUAUUCCGAUGGCUCGUCUCUUACAUUUGAAAAGAACACUGCAAAUGAUUCAUGGGGAUACAGCGAGAUAACAACCUAUUGUUUAUAUUUAUAUCUUCCCCUUCGUAUUACAGGCAUGUAGAAAACACAUGUAUAACAACAGUCAAGAAAAUCUUAUGGACGAAGAUAUGGAGAAGGUUUCUGCAUCAGAUGAUAAGGGAAAAGUUUGGAAGUAUCUCAUUCACUUGAUGAUGUCUGAGUCAUGUCUAGAUAUCAAAUUUGGGGGACUACACAAUGAACAGAAAAGACUGUCUGCCGAAAUAGAAAUGUUUCUUCGGGAUUUAACAGCAGAGGAUAGUAGCUGAACUUUUCUCGCAUAGAAUUGAUGCUCUUCAGGUGAUUAUUUCAUCCAUUUGAUCUUGAAAAUUGAAAUAUUCUCGGUUGCAUAUUGUCAAAGCCAGCAUGUGAUUACCACUUUUGACAGAAAGUUCACCACGAGCUCCGUGGAAGUUGACAUACAGGCAAGAUCCAAAUAAUGAUCAAACUGUUUGAAUUCCCACCAUAACAAACAGAGAACUUUCACGAGUGCAAUUUGAUGCUGGGCAACCAACGAACUGCCUUCGCAUAAAAGGCAGACAUGAAC